UUCUUCUUCUUCUUCUUCUUCUUCAACCCCCCCAAAAACUUUUUAAAAGCCCUCAAAAUCUCCAUUCCUCUUUAACCAUCUCAACUCCCCCAAAAUUUCAAAAUCCCUCCAUUUCAAUUCAACAAAUCCAAACACAAUUCAGACAGAGGGAGUUUUUAAUUCUUUUUUUUUUUUUUUUUUCCAUUUUCUCUUUCCCCUUUUGAUGGCAACUGGUAAGAGUUACUUCUCUCGCUCCAAGUUCCGGUUUCUUCCCGCCGGUGACGGACCUGACCACUGCCGUAGCGACGCCGCUUUCGAUUUCGACGAGUCCGACCUCUUCAACUCUCCGCACUCCGGAACCUCCCCGGAGUUCCGUCGUCCGGCUUCCAAAUCACGAAUCUCAAAGCGGAUUUCCCCCGUCGACGUCGGAGACCGUAGCGUUACGACGGUUUCCGCCGCCUCUCUGCCGGUUAACAUCCCUGAUUGGUCGAAGAUUCUGAGAAACGAGUAUAUCGAGAAUCGGAGGGAUGACUUCGAGGAUGAAGACGGCGACGACGACGGCGAUGAGUUCGAGGAAAAGCGAUUUAGGGUUCCGCCACAUGAAUUUCUGGCGAAGACGAGGAUUGCUUCGUUUUCGGUUCAUGAAGGAAUUGGAAGAACGUUGAAAGGAAGAGAUCUGAGCAGAGUUCGAGAUGCGAUUUGGCAAAAAACUGGAUUCGAAGAUUGAUUUGAUUGGAUUGGGAUUGAAUUUGAACAAACACGAAGAACAAUUAUUUCGAAAAACAAACAAAAAAAUCUCGGAAUAUUCCAAUAGAAUAUACCAAUUCCUUCCAUGAGUAAGACUUUCCAUCUCUCUUCCACCAAAAUUUUUGAUCCUUUCCUCUUCCUCUAUUAAUUUUUCCGCCGUUUGGCCGCCCUAUCUCGGCGGUGUUUCGAUCGCUCCGAUCAUCGUUUUUUUUUUUUCAUAUCUGUAAUUCGGAAUAUUUUGUAUUUUGAAUUUCACGAGAAGGAUAGAAAUAUUUUAUACUUUUUUUAAUUAAUUAUUCAAUAUUGGUACUUUUUUUUU